AUGUUGAAAUUUAUUAGUGUGAGUGCCUGUUGUAAUUCGAAUCUUUUUCUCUAUUGCGAAUCCAAUAUUUUCAUGUAUAUAGCUGAAUUCUUACUAAUAGGAAAAAACCUGUCUGGCGUUAACAAAGAGCUCAGAGACCGUUACAAUAAACACAUCCAUCUUUGUGUUUCAAAUGACGGUCAGCAAUUCACAUUCAUACAUGAUAUACUCUGA